AUGGCCACCGAAGCCCCUAUAUGCCCGCCGGCUGCGCCUGCUCCCAAUGGGGGACCCAUGCCCGCAUUGACAGACGAUGCGCUCGCCGAAGUGCGCAAGAUGUUCACAGCAGAACAGUACGAGAAGACAAAGUCCUUCGUCACCAUGUUCUGCUCAGCUCAGGGUGGUUCAUCACUCCGUGCCGUCGCGGUCGCCCAGUCCCUCACCCGUUCCAUGUCCGUCCCCAGCGAAGCCCUUGCACCAGCACCAGCACCUACCAAACCCACCAAACCUCCCGUAGCACCGAUCAAGCGCGAACCCUCCCGUACUUCCAUGACCCACGAGUUUGAAAACGCGUCCAGCACAGCGACCCCUGUUAUCCCGUCGCCUGCCUCAGACAGCUCUGGCUUCGGUAAACUUCGUAUAUCCCUAAGCGACGCGGCGGAACAUCUUUCGCAGAGGGAACGAGAUCGCAGGAAGGAGAAGAGACGUAGAUUUGAUGAAGCUGUCCCGCCCCUCCAGUUCACACAGCAGCCCCAAUAUGCGCCGGCAUACGCUAUGGCUAAUUUUGCUAUCAAGGUCGAACCUCCCACGUAUGCGAUGGAUUUCUUUACUCAACCACUUAUGCCGUCCAACGCUCAGCACGCCUUCAAGCGAACCAUGUCGGACUCUGCCGCGUAUCAACGGCCCGUCCCUACGAUGGAACAGUUCAUGGAGGAGAAAGAGCGGCGCGAAGCUGCGGCUCGCUCCUCUGCUCUUCUCAGGCCUGGCAUUGGCUUACCUGUGCACGAGGAUGACGAUGAAUACCCGCAUUCGCUAGAACAAGAUUCGCCGUCUCCUUCCCCUGCGAUGUCGUAUGCCAGCCUUCCCAACCAACACCAUCAGCUACAGUACCCAUAUCAGUACGCUUCACAACAAGAUAUGGCAAGCCUCUAUGCACCCGCCAGUGCAUACGCUUCGCACAUGGCAGCAACGGUGACCCCGCAAAAGAACAUCAAGUCCAUCCCUCCUACUUCCUCCCCCUACCAUGCAGACCAAGUCACUCCUGCGCCGUUUCCGAUACCUUCAGGACCGAGGUCUACGGCCAAGCCCGCAUGGUCGUAUGCCGCCUUGAUUGGACAAGCGAUCACCGCUGCUCCCAGUAACCGCGCGAGCUUGAGCCAGAUAUAUAACUGGAUCAGUACCGCUUAUCCUUUCUACAAGCGAAGCGAGGCUGGCUGGCAAAAUUCGAUCAGGCACAACCUCAGCUUAAAUGAAUGUUUCGUUAAGAUCAAGCGCGAAGAGGGUGAAAAAGGGAAAGGCUGCUGGUGGGGCAUCCGUCCAGGUGACGAAGAAUGCUUCGCCGGUGGUGGUUUCCGCAAGAAAGGCUCUGCCGCACGGGCCCCCAGUACUUCCGUCACACAGCGUAACAGCAGCGAAAGCGAUCAGAGCCGCAAGCGUAAGGCUCCUCCUGAGUAUGACGAUUCCGAGGAAGAGUCAACAGCGCCACCUCCCAGGCGUCCAGUCGAUCGCGCGAUCAAGCAGGAACCGCCUAUCGUGUGGGCUGUUCCGGACGCCUAUGAUAUGCCCGCACCUCCAACACAUGUACCUAGAGCCCAAGCACCUGCCCAGCAUCACACCCCAGUUCGCCCCGUCUCCUCCCUCCCGCCUCUGUCCCAGCAGUUCCCGAACAUGCCCGGUCUGACUCCCACCGUAUCGAGUCCACCUUCUUCCUCCCCUAUGGGCGCACUUCAUACCGGCUCAAUACUCCCGCCUGGAUACAGCGUGCCUUCAAAACUUGCCGCCUUGGCUCCGAGCUUCGAGCUCUCACCAAAACCGAUCAAGGGCAGAGAUUAUAAACGAGAAAGAAUACCUUUGCAGCCGAAGUUUGAGCAUCUGGAUGGAAGGACGGACGAGCACGGAAUGUCGCCCUUCACGUUGCUAACCCAGUCUGCAUUCAAGGAGAUCUCACCGAACUCUGGAUCAAUCCCUCUACCCUUACUGCCCAAGACAUCAACAAUAACAAACAUGGGUCCGCCAGCGACACCAAAGCGUCCAGAGAUCAAGCGACCGCGUACGCCACCUUCCAAGGUGUCCGAAAUCAUCUCGAACCCUUCAAAGUCGGACCGUCGCCUGCCUACCAUACCUGGUUUGCAGGAGGCCCUCUCCACCCCGCCAGCUAGGAAGUUGAUGGCGUACGACGAACUGCAGUUGUUAACGCCGUCCCGCAUUGGUGGCUCCCAUGGUCGCAGCGUUUCUGCCUCCGGCAUCUUCCCAAGUCCCUCGCGAUUUGCCGCCCUCAACUCAACACCUUCUCGGGGUGUUUUCGGCUCACCAGGUGGAUCAUCACUCUUCGGCACUCCGCUUGGUCGCGCCCUCGCCCAAAAGUGGGACAUGUCCGACCCCGCGACCCAGGCGAACGAGGACCUGCAAAUGUUCAUAUCGAGUGGUACAAAGCUCGGCCUGUUUGAGAGCCCCGUGCGUGGAUCAGGCAGCAGGUCUGGUUGGGACAGCCCGGGGUUCGACAACUGGUAGUUUUCUCCUUCGCUUUUGGGUCAAGGUCGCUUUCGUACAUAUAUACCCUUGUCUACCAUUCUUCCUUCGCGUCUCGCGCUGCCUUUUUCUCCUGCCUUGCGAUAUCACAUACACAUGUGGGUACGUUGUUCUUGUUUCCUUGCGUCUCCUCUGCUCAGGACUGUAUCUAUGCUCAUGACCUCCGAUUUGACUAUCGGCUACUUUCCUCUCCCC